AAAUCUAUAAACAUGUGCUGAAAAGGGAGAAAGAGAGGGGAAACUCAGUUAAACAAGAGAAAUCAAAGAUGAUUAAAACUAUGACUUAUAAAGCAGCCGCCAUACAUAAAUCAUCAAAUUAUACCUUCCAAACAAACAAAGCCUACAAAUCCGAAUCCUGAUUCCUGAAGUCAACUUUUAAAAUGAACAAUGACACUUUGCAUGAACCAUGCCAGAAACUUCCAAACAAUUUGGCAGAAAAAUCCUUUGAAGAAUUGCAUUGGUGUGUGUUAUACAUGUCUUUGUCUCUCCUCCAUAUAUAUAUAUAUAUAUAUAUAUAUGAAUGCAUAUAUGAAGGCAUUCAGAAGUGUCCUCUAAAGUAUGACAGCCAUGUUGGAACUGAGUGAGCUCAUCAUGCCUUUCUACCACCAUUCACUGCCAUCAGAUGUUCAUGUUUCUCCCCAGAACCCUAAUCUAGCUUCAGGUUUUCCCUUCAUGAAUACCUACAAUCACUUGGCUUCAAAUGAUGCCAGUUUAUUGGAGAAUUUGGAUAUCUUGGCUGAAGGCACAGGAGAAUCAAGUGGUUUAUUGAAUAUUCAGACUCAGAGGAUGAGAUUGGAGAUAGGUGCUGGUCGCCGGAUUGGAUUCAGAACUAAGUCAGAAGUUGAGAAUUUAGAUGAUGGAUACAAAUGGAGGAAAUAUGGGAAGAAGGCGGUGAAGAACAGUCCUAACCCUAGAAAUUAUUACCGAUGUUCCAGCCUGGGUUGCACUGUGAAGAAGAGGGUUGAAAGAGACCGUGACGAUCCAAGCUUUGUGAUCACAACAUAUGAAGGGGUGCACAACCACCCAAGUCCUAGCCCUGUCUCUUGCGCCUCUCCAUUUGAACAUAUGCCUGCCAUGGAUCCAUUUGCAUGGAACAGGUGAAACAAAAACCUAUCAUAUAAUUUGUAGGG